UUUUUCGAUGUUUUGCUUUUGGAUCCGCUGUCAACAAAGGAGUGCUUGUCAAAGUCUUAUCGACAGAUUAAAUGGAGAAAAUCAAAGUCUAAAAAGCAUGAUAUAACAUAACAACACUGUUUUUUAAAUGUUUGUCGUAAAUUUAACCUUGGAAAACAAAAUGAUCGAGUUAAAAAAGUAUUAUCAGUCUUUAAAUUUUGUUGGUUCGUGUUGUAUGGCUGUAACGCUACCCUGGAUCGUUUUUAAGGUUUUUAGGGCUAUUUAUUUGCAGAGGAGUCACAACAGCUUAAUAGGAAAGAUUGUUGUAAUAACCGGGGCCAGUUCAGGUUUAGGUGAAGCCUUAGCUCACGCUUUUUACAAAAGAGGUUGCCAGGUGGUGUUGUGUGCUAGACGAAGGCAAGAAUUAGACAGAGUACGCACAGAAUUGCUUCAAACCCACUGCACGGUGCAAACAUUUCCGCCUAUAAUAAUACCUUUGGAUUUAAGCGAAUACAACAACUUAUCUCAACAUGUAACAAAAAUAUUAAGCAUCACAGGGCACAUUGAUAUCUUAAUUAACAAUGGGGGGGUUUCUCAUAGAGGACAUGCAGUCUCUACAAAUGUUGAUGUUGAUAUGAAAAUUAUGUUGGUGAAUUAUUUUGGUUCAAUAGCUCUAACAAAAGCUGUGUUGCCUAGUAUGAUAAAGAAAAACCAGGGCCACGUGGUUUUCGUGAGUUCCAUUCAAGGGCUGGUGGCACUUCCCGAGCGCUCCGCCUACUCCGCCUCCAAACACGCGCUUCAAGCCUUCGGCGACAGCCUAAGGGCGGAAGUGGCCUCUAAAAACAUAUCGGUGACGGUCGCUAGCCCGGGCUACAUAAAAACCAGGCUGUCCUUGAACGCGCUGACGGGCAGCGGCGCCGCGCACGGGCAGAUGGACAAAAGCACCGAAUCCGGGUAUUCCCCCGAGUUCGUUUCAGAGCGCAUCUUCACCGCCGUGGCCAGGAAGGAAAAGGAGCUCGUGAUUUCUACGAUGCUGCCGAAGGUGGCGAUUUUUCUGAGGAAGUACCUGCCCGCGCUGUACUUUUUCGCGAUGGAGAAGAGGGCGAAUAAGGCGGACUUUAUCGAGGAGGCGACGACGAAAUAAAAUGCCGCGCGAAAUGAAUGUAUUUAUUUAUAUGUUUAACAAGAACAUUUACAAACGGUAAUUUUUAUAAUUUACAUCUUUUUAGUACCUACUAGUCAUUUUAAGCACUCACUACAUACAUGGUUGUGUAUUUUAUAAAAUUUUAGCACAUUUUGACAGAUUUUUAUGUGUUUUAUGAGCAAUUCGAGGUAAUUUGUUAAAUAAAUGUUAUGUAAUAUA